AUGAGUGAGCGCAAAGCUGUGAUCAAAAAUGCGGACAUGGCCAACGACAGACAGGAGGAUGCCGUCCAAACGGCAGCCAUUGGAUUGGAUAAAUACCAAGUAGAAAAAGACAUUGCAGCAUUUUUGAAGAAAGAGUUCGAUAGAAAAUAUGGUCCAACGUGGCACUGCGUUGUGGGUAAAAGUUAUGGAAGCUAUGUCACCCAUGAGUCCGGGAAUUUCAUCUACUUCUAUCUACAAGAUCGUGCUUUCCUACUGUACAAAUCAGGUUAA